ACACCUGAAAAAAACGCCUAUAAUAUUUACAAAUCUACUAAAAAAAACCUCUCCAAAACACCUGGAAAAAAAAAAUAAGCAACUUAUUCACUCCCUUGUUAUAGCUCGCCUUAAAUAUUGUAACUCCCUCCCAGGGGCAGACUGACAACUCAUGGGGCCCCCGGGCAAUAGGGGAUCAUGGGGCCCCUGUGUCCUCACCCACACUCAAACUGCACGCAAAAAAGCCUAUGAAAGGUACCAGGGGCAUCUCAUGGGGCCCCCUACUGACCCUGGGCCCUCGGGCAGUGCCCGACUUCCAAAUGCUCAGUCCACCCCUGCUCCCUUC